AUGGGUUCUUGGGAUGCCGAACGUAAACGUAAAUUGAACGAAGAUUUCGAUAAUAUUUUUCAUGAGCAUGAACGCCUUCAAAAAGAUCUCAACAUAAAUAAUAAUCCGGAAUGCCAAUCUCUGCUACAGUCUAUUGAUAGAUGGGAACAAGACGCUAUAAAAAAAAUUAAAAAGACAGCCAAAAUUGCUCGCAAUGAUGUUCAACGAUUGCUCAAAUCUACUCAUGAUCGGUUACAAAUUGUUUUAUAUGAUUCAGUUACAGAAAAACUACAAGAAACAUUAACACAAAAAGUCGACAUUACUGAAGAUCAAAUUGAUCAAUGGUUGAUAAAUUUAUCGGAAAUUCGUAAGCAACUAGAAAGAGUUUCUUCGACCGUCGAUUUUUCGCAUGAUACAGCCAUUGAUUUAAUCAAAGUAAAACAAAAAAAAUCAUCAGAUGCAUUACACCAAACCAAUUUCGAUUAUCAACAAUUUUAUUUUGAAAAAAUUCGUGGUCAUCCUGUUUUUUAUAAUACUCAACAUCUUAUCAGUGCGACUGCUCCAAUUACUAUUGUUAGUCAAAAUAAAUAUUCUGCUGGCACACAUUAUUUUCGUUUUUCUAUUGAAAAACCUACUGAUGAACUAUUUUUUGGAGUCAUUAGCGAUACUGAUCUUCAUCAAUUAAAACAAAAUAUUCGUCCUAUUGCAUCGAUUUAUGGCUGGUGGAAUAUUGAUCGUCGAGUUAUCGAAGAUCGAAAAGAACCGUAUGUGUCGACACUCAAUUUAAAUGCUGGCGAUGAAGUAAUAUUAACCUUAAAUUGUAAUGCCCGCGAGAUUUUUCUUGAGUAUCCAUCAAUGUGGAAAUCGAAUUCAAUAAAAUUACCCAAUAAGGGACAUGUAUGUCCACCUCCGUGGAGAUUAUUAAUUGAAACAGGUAAACCACGUGAUUUUGGCAUUAAAUUACUCGAUUGGGGUAUAACAGCACACGGAAAAAAUCAUCCAGACAAACGUUUACAUUGCUAUUGUAAGACUGAUUAA